UGUCAGCUUUUCAAUAGUGUUGUGUGCAUUUGUUGGAGUUUCGGUAUAUGCGCGGCUAGGAUACAUAUUAAUUUUGAUAACUUUCAAGCUACUGAGUCGAGUUCAGCCGAUUUCACACAUGGCUUCAGAGAUUUACUUCAAAUACUGCAAAUGGAGGAACGGUUUUACGGUUAUUUCCUACUUCGAAAUCAGCCACUACAUUGUGUGGAUCAAGACUUACCGUUGAAUUUUGCACUGCCCUCCCUACAAUGGAACCAGAGUUACUCGGGCUAUGUAAGGGGUACUGGUAAUAGCAUGAUAUUGCCGAUAAUUUGCGUGCAGCAUCUCAGCGAUAAGGACUACUUGCUGAAAUUCGCUGAAGACUUGCAACACUUACGCAAAAGACGCAUUUUGGCUAUAUACAAUAGGAAUUUCACCACUAACGCUUUAUCGGCAAUCGAAACAUUUUUUCAAUACUGCCAGCAAGUGAAAUUUGUUAAUGUAAUACUCGUACAUCGGGACUUCGCCAAUACACACAUCUAUCAUUCGUACAAUCAGUUUCCCGAAUUCGAAUUGGAAACACGUGAUAUGCGCAACAGCACAAGCAUCUAUCCGAAUCGACUGGCCGACGUUGCGAAGACAAAGUUGAACAUCUUGGUGGACCAAGUUGAACCGAAUACAAUGUUUUACGUGAGCAAAAGCGGUGCACUUUAUAUAGCCGGUUAUAUUGGCCAUUUCAUAGCGAAGUUUGCCGAGAGAUAUAAUUUCCAGUUAUGGUUGCCUGAUAACUAUAAUUCUACUACCGAACAUGCUGUUUACGCCGAAGAGAUCCGGCAAGCGGCGCGUAACGGUUCAAUCGAGGUGGGCGCCAGUUUGUUAACACCACUAAAGGAAAUGAAUGUGCAUGGUUAUGUUUAUCCGAUUGAAUUCUUUCAGUGGCUUACCAUGAUGCCGGUAGAGCCACCAUUAGAAACGUAUCAGUUCUUCAUAUUAUUCUUCCGUCCCGCUGUUUUAGUUGGACUUUUCUUCGUCAUUUGGUUGUUAUGCUUUGUUAAUGCCGUGCAGAUAAAACUGGUGUGCAGAGGCAUACAUUGGAAUCGCACCGCAAUAUUACUGCUUAUAAUUCCCUGGGAACUGAACUUGUUACGUGGGCUGCUCUGUCAAUCUACCGCUAUACGCGCUAAAUGUUUAAGUCGACGCAUUUUAUUUAUAUUAAUUUUUUUACUCGGUGGCAUGUUGGGCAAUUUCUUCUCAACAAAUCUGGUUAAAUGGCUAACGGUACCACCGCACGAAGAGCCGAUUGAAAGCUUUCGUGAGGCCGCGAAACGUAAUGUGAAAAUACAACUUGCCGAACCAGCUAUAUCGGAUGUUAAAUUUUAUCGUGGCGAAGAUUUUUGGAAAGAAAAUAGCGACGCUUUUCACAUCGUAAAAACAAUCGAUGAAUAUCAGGCAAAUAUGCGUAAAAUGGAUAUUCGUUAUGGGUAUGUGAUUGAGUCCCUAGCUUGGCCAAUUAUUGAGCAUCGCCAACGGUAUUUCACACAUCCAUUAUUUCGCCUGUCGGAAAAUCUUUACUACACGAAGGGCUCACUACUCAGCCUGCCCAUUAGCGAGAACUGCAUUUACAAAGACCUUUUGAGUGAUUUCUAUUUGCGUUCACGUGAAUCGGGUUUACUAAGUCAUUGGUAUGAUAUCACAUUUUUUCUUAUGGUCAGAUUAGGACGUUUCACUCUGAAGGACCUUAGUAUUGUGAAAAAGCACGAGAUACUCACACUAAAAGAGUUCGAAUGGGUUUGGUUGGCAUAUGGGGUUGGUAUGGGUUUUAGUUUAUUGACGUUUUUGUUUGAGUUGCAUUGGCAUCAUUUUUUUGGAGGCGUUUAACGGUAUUAAGCUUUAAUGCAAUGUGGGUAAAUAUAUGUAUUCUAAUAAAAGAUAAUAUACUAACAAUAUAUGUAUUCAAAAGAAUACUUUAUUA